GUUGCCUGCUGCCACAAAAAAUAAACACAAACAUGCCGUCAGAAAAUGUAGUUGUGGAAGGAUUUACUGUUGUUCCUAUGAAGGUUGAUGAGAAAAGCCAUGGCAGCCAUUACUUGUACAUGAAGGAGCAUAGUGUGAGAGAGGCCAAUCCCUGCAAACCCAGGGACCGUACUCUCUUUGUGCUCAACAUACCACCAUACUGCACAGAGGAGGUGUUACAGUACAUGUUCAGUGGAUGUGGCCAAGUACAGACUGUGCACCUACACAAUAAACCCACAUCUGGACCUUCAGCUGUGAAUCAGUCAAACUUCUUCCCUACAGCUCCCCUUAUUCAGGGGUACAAGGUGGGGUAUGUGGUGUUUAAAAAGGCCUCGUCUGUGAAGAAAGCCAGGUCCUUGCCCUUUGAUGUGCCCCUUAUAAUGCAAGGGAAAGGGGCCCCGACCAUCAAAUCUGGUAUUGAGAAGUGGUGCAGUGACUACCAGGCUGACGUGUUAGAUCGGUCCACCCUGCAAGCGGAGAUAGACACGUAUAUGGCGGAAUAUGACCGGAAAGUACAGGAGGAGAUGGAGCGAGCGAAGGCUAGCGAGGGUGUGCCGGACGACGAGGGCUGGGUUACUGUGACGAGGUUUGGUAAGAACAAGGCUGCGCCCCGCACAGAGGCUCACGAGAAGGCAAUCUCUGGGAAGGAGAAAAGACGCAGGAAAGAAAAGGAGCUGCUGAAUUUCUACAGCUUUCAGAUAAGGCAGACAAAGAGAGAUCAGAUAGCAAACCUGCGGCAGAAGUUUGAGGAAGAUAAGCAAAGGAUUUCCCUUAUGAAGGAGGCAAGGAAGUUCAGGCCUUACUGACCAUUGGGAAUGGUCACACUGACCAGUGUCUGGCCUGGCUGACUGGUGGUCUGACCAGUCACUGAUAUAUUUUACCACAUUGACCAACCAUUUUGACUUCAGCUUGAAUGACCACAUUGACACUUGCUGACUGUGCUAAUACAUGUAUAACACUACAGAAUGGCAAGUGUCUGGCCUUGCAGGUGAAUGUCUAGUCAUUCUGGUUGUCCUACUGGUCAGUGACCUGUCUUUUUGACCAGUGUCCAGCUAUGAUGACCAGAAUUGAACUUCGCUGUUAUGUUUGUAAAUAAAACUUAGUAACCUA